GACUUCCUUCAACUUCUCCCAGUUCUCCGAUAAAAUGGAUCCGAAUAACUAAAACAAACCGGAACGGGUUCUUGUUUUUAGAUCAACAGUGAUCUAGACCACCACGCAACGUCUUUCUGCGCACAUUUAAGGUUAAAGGUCUUUAUAUUGGAGCAGGUGCAGAGAUGGUGCAGAAAUAUCAGUCCCCCGUGAGGGUCUAUAAAUACCCGUUUGAACUCAUAAUGAUGGCCUACCAGAGACGAUUCCCCAAGUGUCCAUUGAUCCCCAUGUUUGUGAACAGUGAGACCAUCAACGAGUGCCAUAGUGAAGAUGGAGCGACCCAUUUGAUAGAGCGCAAAUGUACUCUGGAUGUGGAUGCCCCUCGCCUUUUGAAAAGGAUAGCAGGAGUGGACUACGUGUAUUUCAUUCAGAAGAACUCUCUGGACCGCAGACAGAGGACACUGCACAUAGAGGCCUACAAUGAGACCUUUUCCAACAGAGUCAUGGUCACUGAACACUGCUGCUACACGGUUCACCCAGAGAAUGAAGACUGGACCUGUUUUGAGCAAUCUGCUAGUAUGGACAUCAAAUCGUUUUUCGGGUUUGAGAGCACAGCCGAGAAAAUCGCCAUGAAGCAAUAUGCCGCCAGCAUUAAAAAGGGAAAGGAGAUUAUUGAAUUUUACCUCAACCAAUUGGAAGAGGAGGGUAUUACCCAUGUUCCCCGCUGGGUACCUCCUACCCCCACCACAACUACCCAAUUGACUGUCAGCUCAGCCAGGGCUAUCCCAGCAUGCAGCAGCAGAACUCACAGCGGCUCCACGGACGUCCCGCCAGCAUCACCGGAUGACAAGUUAGACGCGGAUUACAUUUCACGUUAUCUGGGAAAGCUGACCCCUUUCCAGGAGAGCUGCCUUAUUCGCUUAAGACAGUGGCUGCAGGAAACACACAAAGGCAAGAUCCCUAAAGACCAGCAUGUGCUGCGUUUCCUGUACUCGAGGGACUUUAACCUGGAGAAGGCCAAAGAGGCUCUGUGUCAGACACUCACGUGGAGGAAACAACAUCAGGUGGACUUCCUGUUAGACACAUGGGAGUGUCCACCCCUGCUGCAGGACUACUACACCGGAGGCUGGCAUCACCAUGACAAAGAUGGUCGUCCUCUGUACAUCCUUCGACUUGGUCAGAUGGACACCAAAGGUUUAGUACGUGCACUGGGAGAAGAGACUCUUCUGAGACACGUGCUGUCCAUCAAUGAGGAAGGGCUCAGGUGCUGUGAAGAGAACACCAAAAUCUUUGGAAAGCCAAUCAGUUCUUGGACAUGUCUGGUGGAUCUUGAGGGAUUAAAUAUGAGGCACUUGUGGAGGCCAGGAAUCAAAGCCCUACUGAGGAUCAUCGAGGUUGUAGGAGCCAACUACCCCGAGACGCUGGGCUGUCUGCUCAUACUGUGAGCUCCCAGAGUGUUUCCAGUCCUCUGGACUUUGGUUAGUCCAUUCAUUGAUGAAAACACACGGAAGAAGUUCCUCAUUUAUGCUGGUAAUGACUAUCAGGGUACUGGGGGUCUGGUAGACUACAUCAACAAAGACUUCAUACCUGACUUCUUGGGAGGAGAUUGUUUGUGUGACAUUCCUGAGGGAGGUGUGGUGCCCAAAUCUCUGUACCGCACAGCUGAGGAACUGGAGAACGAGGAGGUCAAACUGUGGACUGAAUCCAUUUACAAGAGCGCCAGCGUGUUUAAGGGGGCUCCACAUGAGGUGCUGAUCGAGGUUACAGAUGAGUCAUCUGUCAUUACGUGGGACUUUGACGUGUGUAAAGGCGACGUAAUCUUCAAUAUCUACCACUCCAGAAGAGCCCCUCAGCCUGCAAAAAAAGAAGCUCUGAGCACACACAACCUCGCCUGUCCCGGCAGCAACAACACCCAGUUCAUCGACAGAUCGUGGAUGCUUGGGCAAGACUACAGCAUGGUAGAGACAGCACUUACCUGCAGAGAGGGAGAGAGUGUACAGGGUUCUCAUGUGACCCGCUGGCCCGGAUUCUACAUCCUGCAGUGGCGCUUUCAUAGCACUCCAACAAACUCCUCAACCAGUCUGCCACGUGUGGAUGAUGUGCUGGCGUCUCUGCAGGUCUCCUCGCACAAAUGCAAGGUCAUGUAUUUCACGGAGGUGCUGCAGUCCACUGACUUCAGGGGCUCCAUGAGCAGCCUGGAGUCGAGUAACAGCGGCUUCUCUCUGCUUAGUGCUGCCACCACCUCAUCCAGCCAAUCACAGACGGGUUCAACCGUUUCUAGAUAACACCAACUUCCAGAUGGACACAAAGACACUGCCGUUGGCGGGUUUGGCAAAAAAAAAAUCCUCUAUAGUUUUUGGAAAUGGACUAACAUGGAGCAGAACAUGGUUAACAUAAAAACAUAACAAAUCCUUAUGUAAGCAAUGAUCAUUUUGAUCUCUGUUUUAUGUAGUGUUAUAUCUCAAGAUAUGAAUAACAAAUAUGCAAGUUUUCUCUACACUGUUACAAAUAAAUGUGUAAAUAAUGUUUACAUUUCUUGGUUGUUCAAUUAAGCAACAAGUUGAGCACCAUGCCUUUGAUAGGUUUAAGAGGUUAGUUGACAUGAGAUUUUAUGCCAUUUUAUGACUUCAUAUACAGCAUAUUAACAGGUUACAUGCAAUAUUUGUACUUUUAAAAAUGAACUUGUCUCACUGAAGCACUAUUUAUGUGAAUAAUGAAAAGAUUGGUUGAAGUGGUGAGGAACUAAAUAAAAAUGGUAACCAGCAGCUGAAAAUUCUCUUAUGUUUUCUGUAGCACCCAACAACAUUACGAAAACAUUGAACUCUUUAUCCAAAUCUCUGGUGGCCAGGUAUGUGACUAACAGCAUAAGAUCUGUUUUUUCGCUAGUUCAACUAAAGCAGUUUUAAUUGUGAGAAAUGACAAUCAGAUUAAAGUUGCCGGUGAAUGAAUGCCAUAGGUUAGCCCUUUGAUAUGGACUCAUCUACAAUAAUGUUUAGACUGUUUUGCUGUCAGUCAAGCCAAGUUUCAUUAAAUACAAUAGCUGCAAUAAUAUUUAUAUAAUUAUUGGAACUGUUGUUAAAGUAAUGGCUGCAUAUUGCAGAUGUGCAAACUUUUAGCAAAGUGCAACACUUAGAAACUCACUGACAUCUACAGACACCUCAGAAUUGUUUACACAGCAUAAAUGACUGCAGAAUUGAAUCUGCACCUUUCAGUUUCCCAGUCUCAAUAAAAACUUUUAUGAGGUUCAAACUGCUGCAAUUACUCAGCUGCCCUUGAAAAACCACCUGCAUGAAAGACCAGUGUCCACAGAUUCAGAAUGUUAGGUGACAACUAAAUCUAGACCAUGAAAAGAAUACGGAUGGCCUCGUGACAUCUUUCAACCUGUCUGUACAAGUUUGUGUUUUGGGGCAAGCUGAAGAAUGCCUUUAAUUUGUAGAUAUUCCAUGCGGUUUUACAAAAUGUAUUGCUAACCAUCUAGUUGUCCUUCAUUUCUUGCCGUUAAACACCAAACACAGAAAAUACAUUCUGUGGGCUUCCUAAUUAACUAUAACUAAAACAUAUCUAUAUGAGGUAAAACAAAACGCAUAUUUAACUCAUGUUUUUAAGGCAGCAGGUGAACUUUCGUUUCGAAGUUUAACCAGCUCUAAAUGUUUUACAGUGUUGUUGGGCACAGCUUCAUGUUUACAUCAUAACUGUGAACAAUGAUUUACUACUUGCUUGCCAGAGGUGUUAUUUUGUGAGAAAUUUGACAUAU